CUGACUCUAUAGCUGCCCGCUCUCCAAUCCAACCCCUCUCUCUCUCUAAACAAACUCCGCGGAGAGAGAGAGAGAGUACUUAAAUGCAAAGUUUACCAUUCAGCCACCGCCACAACCACCACCUCCACCUCUAGGCACAGCGGCAAAUGACCCAGGUGGAGCAUCUCCCUCUGGGUUCCAUUGCCUUGCCAUAAACAUAUACACAUAAUACAUAUAUAGAGAGAGAGAGAGAGAGAGAGAGAGACAGAGGAGAGACAGAGAAGGGGAAGUGAUGGGUCAGGGGCUUAGUUGCGCAGCGAACUACGAGCAUGGGCUCUACACUGCUGUUCAGUUCGGAGACCUGGAAACUGUUGAGAAUCUGUUACAGAGAGACCCAACUCUCAUCAACCAGACCACAGUCUACGAUCGCCACUCUUCUCUUCACAUCGCUGCUGCCAAUGGCCAGAUCGAGAUUGUUUCUAUGCUUUUGGAUAGAUCUGUUAAACCAGAUUUGUUGAAUCGUCAUAAGCAGACUCCGCUUAUGCUGGCUGCGAUGCAUGGGAAGAUCUCUUGUGUGCAAAAGCUUAUUGAAGCUGGAGCUAAUAUUUUGAUGUUUGAUUCAAUUCAUGGAAGAACCUGCUUGCACUAUGCUGCUUACUAUGGUCAUUCUGAUUGCCUUCAAGCAAUUCUCUCUUCAGCCCGUCACUCCCAUGUCGCCGCUUCUUGGGGUUAUACCCGGUUUGUAAAUAUUAGAGAUGGUAAAGGAGCAACCCCAUUGCACUUAGCAGCCCGUCAAAGACGGCCCGAAUGUGUCCAUAUUCUCUUGGACAAUGGAGCUCUUGUAUGUGCUUCAACCGGUGGAUAUGGAUUCCCUGGAAGCACUCCGCUUCAUUUGGCUGCUAGAGGGGGUUCUCUGGAUUGCAUCCGCGAAUUGUUGGCAUGGGGCGCAGAUCGACUCCAAAGAGACUCAUCUGGGAGAAUACCAUACAUGGUCGCUCUAAAGCACAAGCAUGUAGCUUGUGCAGCGUUGCUGAAUCCUUCAUCAGCAGAGCCUCUUGUUUGGCCAUCACCUUUGAAGUUCAUUAGCGAGCUUAAUGCAGAGGCAAAAGCUUUGUUAGAACAGGCACUGAUGGAGGCAAACAGGGAGAGGGAAAAGACCAUUUUGAAGGGGACAGAUUUCUCGCUUCCAUCUCCAUCAUAUUCUGAUACUGGGGUUGAUGACAAUAUUUCUGAGUCGAGUGACACCGAGCUAUGCUGCAUAUGCUUUGAUCAAGUGUGCACAAUUGAAGUCCAAGACUGCGGUCACCAGAUGUGUGCGCAAUGCACGCUCGCAUUAUGCUGUCAUAACAAGCCUAACCCAACCACGACAUGCCUUACUGCACCAGUUUGCCCAUUUUGCCGGAGCAGCAUUGCCCAAUUAGCGGUUGCCAAAGUUAAGACCAACAAUGUCGACGCUGACCACGACAUUACCUCCUCGAAGCUAAGAAGGUCAAGAAAGUCCAAGAACUUCAGCGAGGGAAGCAGCAGUUUCAAGAGCUUGUCGGCAAUGGGCUCAUUUGGUAAAAUGGGAGGCCGUGGCUCAGGUAGGAUUGCCGCUGAAAAUGAGUGGGUGGAUAAAUCUUGAUACCGAGAAAAAAUUGGUUUCAAGAAUUGCAUUUGGCAGUCGAUUUUAACCCCCAUGGGGGUCCAGGACCCAAUUCAUUUGGGGUAUAGAUAGAUAGAUAGGUAGAUAGAUCUCAAUUUGCAUUGUAGAUUUGGGAAAUGAAUAAGUAUUGAUUUUCAGGUUUGGGUUGGUGAGUAUUGUUUUGUGUGGGUCAAAUUGUUGUAAUAUUGGUUUACCUUCAGCUUGAAGAAGCAGCGUGGGCCUCUGUUAGUUACUUAAACAAAACAAACAAGAAGUCUAUUUAUUUACUUCUUUUCAAAGUGAAAUUUGCAUUCUUCAA